CUCAUUUGUAAUUAUCACCCAUCAUGUUCUAUGGUAUAGGAAAAGGAACCUCCUAUGCAGGAAGACCAAAGCUGAGACCAAGUCUCUCACUUGGGCAAAGCUCACAGAAAAUGAAUUGUAAAGUCCUUAUGGCAACCACCACUUUGCCUUGGGCUUCAAUUCCAGGUUCCAGUAGGUUUCCUAAGCUUCAAAACGAUUCAUGUCCACGAACAUUUCGAGUUCUAUGUUCAUCUUCAAGUCCAGAGCUCCCAUUAACUGGGAAACUUGAAAACAAUUCUCUCAUGACUGGUGGAGCAUACGAUUUUGAAAAUGCAACUACUUCACUUACUCAGAAGUUGAUGUCUUCACCCAAAAAGGUCACUCUUAUACGGCAUGGACUUAGCUCUUGGAAUGAAGAAAGUAGAAUUCAGGGAAGCUCAAACCUGUCUAUCUUGACAGAAAUUGGAGUGAUGCAAGCAGAAAGGUGCAGAAAAGCUUUAGCUGAUAUGGAUUUUGAUCAAUGUUUCUCGAGUCCAAUAUCUCGUGCCAAGUCCACUGCAGAAGUUAUAUGGCAAGGGAGGGAAGAGCCACUGGUUUUUCUCAAUUCACUGGAAGAAGCCCAUCUGUUUUAUCUUGAAGGCAUGAAAAAUGUGGAUGCUAGGCAGAGAUAUCCACAGGAGUAUACAACAUGGAGAGAAGAUCCUUCUAAUUUUUCUGUGAAUGGUGUUUACCCUGUUCUGAAACUAUGGGAAACAGCGAGUGAAGCUUGGAAGGAAAUUUUAUUUACACCUGGAGAGAAUUUUUUGGUAGUAACUCACAAAUCAAUGUUGAGGGCACUGAUCUGCACUGCUCUAGGACUAGAGCCAGAGAGGUAUGUAUUGUAUUUACCAUAAUUGUAUGGCCAAGACUAAACAAUUUCGCAUUGAGUUGUCUUAUCUCUCUCCUCACAAUAUAGUUCUUAAAACUUCUUGUUAUCACACUAGCAUCCGUAGCUUAUGCUGUCUGCUUUCGUUAAAGUUCAUAGUGGUCUUCACCAUUUCCUUUGUGAAUCAUAUGGACUGCUGUUUAACUCUAUUCUAUCAUGGAGCAUUGUUAGAAAUAUUUAUUAUUUUCAGUUUCUUAGCAUUUUCUGCUGAUAGUGACUUUGGUGGUUCAGGUUCCGCGCAAUUAAUAUAAAUAAUGGGGGAAUAUCAGUAUUUAACUUCAACAAGCGAGGAGAAGCCAUGCUUCAAUCCUUGAAUAUGACAGCUCACAUGUACAGUGAUCACGUUUAUCAUUACUGAAACUUACCGAUGUAGUGAGACAGAUGGUGAGAAAGGUGCCAACUUUUUUAUUGAACAUAUCAUGGGACAGGACAGAAAGGCAACAAGAUUAAUAAACCAUGCAUGUAAUUUGAAAUAUGAUUCGCAUGUUUUUGGUAUCAAGAGUGUGCAGGUUCAAAUUUAGAAAUAUGAACCAAACAUUUUAUAGGGCAUGUAACAACUCCAUCUCAAUCGCAUUUUUUUGAGGCACAUGAAUGCAUUCUCUGGUGAAAACAAGGCAGUUCAUUCGUUGCAAACCUUCAUUUGCCUUUGUAGUUGAACACGAUGGUUAAAGAUGUUGAGUUGAAUUGUAGAAGAACGCAAUGAGUACCCUGAAAUUAAUGAAGUGCUGCGAUAGGAUUCCUGUAGUUAAUGGCUUUUUUAUUGGCAACUUUCUGUGCUUUCCCCCCCUUCUCAACCUUGUUUUUUUUCAAUCAUGUACACGUUGAUUGAUUUGUGUCGUGAAUCUUAAGGUGUGGUUAGCAGGAAAAUAGUUACCCUCAGCUGCCAGAUUGAUAUAACCAUGAUAUAGAUGAGGUUGCUUUAAUGCUUGAUCGCUAUGAUAGCAAGAACAAGUACUCGUAGUGUUAAAAUUUCUGGAAAGCAUGCGUCCACUGCAUUCCCAAACUUUCCGAAUUGGUGCAGGGUAGGUGUGUUUGUUGCUAAAAUUUGCCCUAUGCUUCGAGUGGGCAAUUUUCUUCAUUGUAUAGUUUGGUGUGCUAUUGUGUUGCCUGGACCUCACAGCAUACCUUUAUGUUGGUCUCUGUGUGUGUGUGUGUCUCUCUCUCUCUCUCUCUCUCUCUCUCUCGGAUUAGUUAUUGUGCACUUCAUUGACUCACUGA